AUGCAGGCCCCUCAGCCCAGAUGCGUCCAGGGCUCAGCCUCUGCUCUGCCUCUGCACAUGUCUCUGGCCUUAGCCUGGGUUCUCCUGGAUCCAGUUCGCUCCCUGCAAUGUCCACCUGGAAACCCCCUCCUCGUCCACCAGUUCAUGGAGAUAGGUGCUGACCAGCGGGUCCCCGCCCAGCACCGGGUCCCAAGCUCGCUGGAUCCGCUCUACGGCGUCGUCCGGCGCUACCUGGAUGUGGUCCAGCAGAACCCCUUCCCCACAGAGCUGCUCCGGGUGGCCCUGAAUGAGCCGUCGUCAGUCAGAAGCUCUCAGGUGGUGCGCUACCAGGCUGGCUAUAUCAUCUGUGCCAUGAUUGCUGUGCUCUUCUUUGUGGCGGUCCCGGCGACUGGUCUGUGCUUCUGCUGCUGCCGGCGCCGCCGGCGCUGUGGGGGGCGCAUCAAGGCCGACCGCCGCUCCCUCACCUGCCAGCGCAACCUCCUCACGUUCUGCCUUUCCCUCACCACUGCCAUCCUCUUGGCCGGCGUUAUCUGUGCUUUCAUUGCCAACCAGCGGGUGAAGGAGCAGAUGGAGCCCGGGGCCCAAGCCGUGCCAGCCACUCUACACACUUUGAGGAAGAAUAUUGGCAGCAUCCCGCAGGGGGUGCAGUCUGUCGUGGAGCAGUUUGCAGUGCCCAGAAAGCAAAUAAUCGGCGACCUGAACAAUGUCAGCCGCGGCAUCGGCCUCACCAUCCAUUCGCUGCUGAAGGAGCAAGUGUAUUCAGUGCUGGAGGCCAUUCAGGGCAGAGCACAAGACCUACAGAACUCGCUGAACCAUUUACAGAUUCUCAACAAGACCGUGCGGACUCUGACCCAUUUCCAGGAUGAGCUGAGCCUGGCGCUGAGAGAUCGCAAGGAGAGCGCAGUCUCCCUGCUGGACAGUCCGCGCUGCACGUCCUGUGCCCGGGCACUGGGCAAAGCCCAGAGCUUGGAGCUGGGAGCUGACUACAGCAGGGUUCCUUCAGUGGAACAAGUUUUGAAGACACUGUCUGGUCUCCCCAAAGCUAACUUCCCAGACUUGAUUGACCAGGGCAACAGCACCUUCAACUCGAUGCCAGACCUAGCCGUUGCGAAGAUGGCCCAGGUUGUGCAGGACCUAAAGGACGAAGUGAACAAGAUCAGUGAGAAGGUCCAGUCUAUUGCAGACAGCUUCCCAGUCUCCGAUUACACUCAGCCCUUGAAUGAUGCCCUGAUGCAGGCGGAGAACAAGAGCCGCCCUUACCUCCAGGAGGUGAAACACUAUGAGAAAUACAGGUGGAUUGUGGGCAUCGUGCUGUGCUCCGUGGUCCUGCUGGUUGUAGCCUGUAACCUCCUGGGGCUGUCCCUUGGGGCCUGUGGGCUCGCCAUGCGGGAGGAUCCGAGCGACUACGAAAGCAGAGGAGAAGCUGGGGCCAAAUUCCUUUUGGUGGGUGUUGGCUUUAGCUUCCUCUUCUCCUGGCUCCUGAUUCUCUUGGUCUUCGCCACCUUUCUGGUUGGGGGCAAUGUCCAGACGCUGGUGUGUAAGAACUGGGCCAAUCAGGAGAUUUACAAGUUUAUCGACACUCCUGGGAACCUGCCUCCAUCCAUGAACCUCACCCAGCUACUCAGCCUGAAGAGGAACCUCAACCUAACCUCUGCUUACCAGGAGUGCAAGAAGGGUGCAGGCCUCUGGGACGUUCUGCAGCUCAGAGAUGCCUACAGUCUUGAGGAUCACCUCCACCUCAGCCAGUACACCAGAGACUUCCAGAAGCGCCUCGACAACUUCAACCUCCACUUUGAAGAAAUCCACUUCCUCGACGGGGCUGGGAGACGGGACCUGGAGACCUUCCGGCAGAGCGGGAUUGACCAGCUGGACUACCCCACAUUCCAGGCCGAGAUGCAGAACCCUGUGGUGAGGACGAGCCUGGAAGAUCUAGCCAGGGACCUCGAGGGCCUCCGAAAAAUUCAGAACAACAUCACAAUAGCAGGACGGCUGGCCAAUGAGUCCCAGGCCCUGUGGAAAAUCCAGAACGCCACCGUGCUCAUCCAGGAGGCCCUUGUGGUGAAGCUGAAUGAGAGCGUGCAGUUCUUAUCUGCCAUGGCACCCCACCUCCAGCCCCUCUUGAAACGGACGAUGGCCGAGAUCGCCCUAGUCGAGACCAUGCUCCCGGUGCAGGCACAGCGGCUCCUGAGACACGAGAUCGGCUGCUUCACAAAGAAAGAACUGGGCUAUUUCUCGCAGUACCUGAACUGGGUGAGACGCACGCUGACUGAGGACGUGGCUUCCUGCCAGCCCCUCGCCACGGCACUGGAUAAUGGCCGGGUGAUCCUGUGCGACCGCAUUGCUGAGCCCUGGAAUGCCUUCUGGUUCAGCCUGGGCUGCUGCACCUUCUUCCUCAUCCCCAGCAUCAUCUUCGCCAUCAAACUUACCAAGCACUUCCGCCCCAUCAGGAACCGGUUAAUCUCUACUGCCUCAGAGGAGACCUAUCCUUUCCACAUCCCCCGCGUUACAGCUCUCAAGCUAUAGGAAGGGGUCUCCGGCAUCUCCAGGUCUCCUGAGGAAACUGCCUGGAUCCCUCCCAGUGCCAGAACCAUCCCCAUCAGAGACACUUCCCUUCCACUCUGCCUCACCUUCCCCAUGUUGCUUCUGAGCUGCUGGAGGAGACUCCUGCAAUGACCCCACUCCUCAGCUCUUUCUCCCAGCACCCCGCUCUAGUGACCCCCACUCACUGCAGCGCCAGUGGAUUUGCACAGCACAGCAAGGCAGAAGGGAAAAUUCCUGCCGCAUAGCAGCAUCCCUCCAGGGUUCGACGUCUCCAGCCAUCCCAAAGGGGAGCCAUUAAAACCUACCGAUGCCCAUGUUACCUCCCGGAUUAAUUCAUGUCUGCGGUGUCCUCCCGGCUUCAGGCUGCUUCAUGGUUCCAGCAAGUUUUUCUUAGGAUCUGUGAGUGAGUGAGCCUGCCUGGCUCGCUCAUCUUCCUCCCUGGCCUUCUGCAAACACACACGCACUGGGCUGCAAUGCUAAAUCCACCGUGCUCACACAGGGCUCUCACUCAUUCAGGUUAAGAGGAUGCAUAUAUGACCUGAUGACUGGUCAGGGCUCUUCCCCUUAGAGCCUGGACCAGCUCCCCAGAGCCAAACGCUCCCCAGUGCGGCCAAAACCCAGAUCUGGAUCUGAACCCGGCACCCUGGUCAUUGGCUCGCUAAUGGGCCACACACAAACCUCCGCUCCAAAGAUCCCAGGAGAUGGGGUGAGGGGGGAUGUGAAGUCCAGAUCUCAGUUUUGCAGCUGGGGCUCGUCUCUUCUUCCCAGGUCAGGCCUCUCGCUGGGACUCUUGCUUCUAUGUCUGCUGUCCCUGCCCGGCUCUGGAGCACCAAGCUCACAGAACGUCCUGUCACUGCUGCUUGGGUGAAAACCUACCUGGGUCUUUGGGGACUCCUCCAGGUGGUGCAGGACCCCUGCUGCCAGAGGAGAGGACACGGGUCUAAAUUCGACCCCCAGCUGGGAGAUCGCCCCUUCUGUCCCCAACUCUAGGCACCUAAAGGAAACUGGUCUGGCUCCCUCUGAGGUGAAGAUGGGUCCUCAUGCUUCUCUGGACUUUUCUGCCAAAGGGCAGGCUACCAAGGCCCUGUUGUAUUUUAACCCAUCCUGGAAAGCCCCGGCAUUGGGAUUUAGGGUACA